GCUCCGUCCUGACGUGCUGAAUGAUACAUGCCGUUACUCACACAAAAUAAAAUUGAUAGCAUUUACUGCAGUCAUCUAAGCACUAUCCGACGAGUUAUGCGUGCUUAGUGAGCAUUUAUUUCUGAUUGCGGCUCAUAAUGUCAAGUAAAUCUUUUCAGCUACGUGCUAACACUGUUAAACCUGCUGGGAUUUCAUGAUCAAGCUUUGAAUGACUGUCUAUAUCAGUGUCAAGUGCCAGCGUACACCUGUUGGUGUGAGUGAAAUUGUUAACCAAAAUGUUCAUGUCUAGACUUGGCUCUCAAUUCAAAAACAAAACAGCUGUAAUAGAAAUCACAAAUCAGUAUCAAUGAUAACUGUCAGUCGUCUCUCGAUGCACUCAGUGUUUAAUUGAUUUCUGUAAGAACGCGGUUUUCGAGAAGACUCGAGGACAUCAGAUAGAGGAUGACGGACACACUCGUCCUCUCUUUCCAGACCCAGCUGUCUGCGGUCAUGGAAACUGUCCUCAAGACCACCAUGUACGAGAUCACCAGGUUGGUGGAGGAGAGCUUCUUGGAGCACAUGGAUCGCGGGAAACGCGAGGCGGAGGUGUUGAGACGGAGGCUGAUAUUGUCAGAGGCUAAACUGAGAGAGCGGGAGAGGUUCAAGAGGGUACGAUGUGUGGACUGUGGCCGGACAGCAGUCUCCAAGAGGAGAAUACUAAACAGAGGCCCAGAAACACAGAGCAGUUUGGGCCAACCCCUUGUUCUAAAGCAGGAGAAUGCCUCUGACAGUAGUUGGAGGCGUAGUGCCAAGGGAAGCAUGAUGUCAAACCAAGAGAAGCCUUCAACAGUCGUAGAAACUCAGCAAAAUGCUGUUCAAGUGGAUGGACCUAAGGAUGUAGGAGAAGUGAAAGAGGAGGCGACCGUGGCUAGAGACAGUCAAUCUUGCCUAGUAAUGUGCUCUCAAAUACACAAACAACAGGAUUCACAGAGCCAGUUGGAAGAAACCAAUGGACUCAACAAUACUGAUUCUGACCACAGGCCACUAAAGGACAAACCAUGUGGUGGCACAUCUUGCAAUGAGAAGCCUGGGAAUGAGGAUGAAGUGUUACACAGGAACCAGCCAAAAUGGUUUGGUUCUAAAGCAGAUCCUCCUCGUCAGCCAGAAGCAGUCAAGACUUCAUCUUCUCAGUCUCAGGGAUUGAGACCGCAUGUAGGCAGCCUAGACUCAGGACCCAUUAAACAGGAAGUUGUAGUGAUGCUUCCACCAGACUGGGAAGACAUGGAGAGGAUUAGGCCUCCAGUGGUUUCUUCUCACAACAGUGCUAAAAAGACACAGUUGGAACUUCAGCCUGGAGAUCCUGUCACUACUAGACCUCAAGUUGAGGAGCGAGCUCCUCAUGCUACGCCUUCUGUCAUGGUUCAGGGCCUUGCGCCACAAGCCAUGCAGCAUCUCAGAUCGCCUGUUAGGAAGAACACAAACGUUGUUGUACACCCCAAUGCGGUUGUAUCAGAUCAAGGUGCCAUUGAUGUAAACAGGGUGCAUUCCAUCUGCAAAGGCCUUCCUGCACCAAAACCCUCUCAAGUUCAUCAAUACCCUGAGGGAGCCGGUUCAGGUGAAAGAAGCUUCAGCACCGUGCACCCAGGAAGGAGUCUCCCACAAGUGGUCAGUAUGAGGGUUCAGGGAGACAUGCGGCACCAUUCGGAGAGGACCAUGCACAAUUGCAACCAGUGUGGAAAAGGCUUUACUCACCUGUGCCACCUUCGAGCUCACCAACAGAUCCACACAGGAGACAGGCAGUUCUGCUGUACAAUCUGCGGCCGGAGCUUCACAAAACUGAGUAACUUGAAAGCUCACCGCAGGGUCCACACGGGUGAGAGACCUUACAUCUGCACAGACUGUGGAAAAAGGUUUACCCAGAAAUGCAACUUGAAGAGACAUCAGAGAAUUCACUCUGAAUUCACACACUCCAAUAUAUGACAAGUGGAGCUG